CGGCGCCGCGCUGAGGUGGCGAGGGGAGAACUCCCGGAUGUGGAGAAGCUGGGGAGGAGGCGUGGGAGGAAGAUGGACUCAGUGGAGAAGGGGGCCACUACCUCUGUCUCCAACCCGCGGGGGCGACCAUCCCGGGGCCGGCCGCCGAAGCUACAGCGCAACUCCCGCGGCGGCCAGGGCCGAGGUGUGGAGAAGCCCCCGCACCUGGCGGCCCUGAUUCUGGCCCGGGGCGGCAGCAAGGGCAUCCCCCUGAAGAACAUUAAGCACCUGGCGGGGGUCCCGCUAAUUGGCUGGGUCCUGCGUGCAGCCCUGGACUCGGGGGUCUUCCAGAGUGUGUGGGUUUCAACAGACCAUGAAGAAAUUGAGAAUGUGGCCAAACAAUUUGGUGCACAGGUUCAUCGAAGAAGUUCUGAAGUUUCGAAAGACAGCUCUACCUCACUAGAUGCCAUCAUAGAAUUUCUUAAUUAUCACAAUGAGGUUGACAUUGUAGGAAAUAUUCAAGCCACUUCUCCAUGUUUACAUCCUGCUGACCUUCAAAAAGUUGCAGACAUGAUUCGGGAAGAAGGAUAUGAUUCAGUUUUCUCUGUUGUGAGACGUCAUCAGUUUCGAUGGAGUGAAAUUCAGAAAGGAGUUCGUGAAGUGACUGAGCCUCUAAAUUUGAAUCCAGCUAAGCGGCCUCGUCGGCAAGACUGGGAUGGAGAACUAUAUGAAAAUGGCUCAUUUUAUUUUGCUAAAAGACAUUUGAUAGAGAUGGGUUACUUACAGGGUGGAAAAAUGGCGUACUAUGAAAUGCGAGCUGAGCACAGUGUGGAUAUAGAUGUGGACAUUGACUGGCCUAUUGCAGAACAAAGGGUAUUAAGAUAUGGCUAUUUUGGCAAAGAGAAGCUUAAAGAGAUAAAACUUUUGGUUUGCAAUAUUGAUGGAUGUCUCACCAAUGGCCACAUUUAUGUAUCAGGAGACCAAAAAGAAAUAAUAUCUUAUGAUGUAAAAGAUGCUAUUGGGAUAAGUUUAUUAAAGAAAAGAGGUAUUGAGGUGAGGUUAAUCUCGGAAAGGGCCUGUUCAAAGCAGACCCUCUCUGCCUUAAAACUGGAUUGCAAAACAGAAGUCAACAUAUCAGAUAAGCUAGCAAUUGUAGAUGAAUGGAGAAAAGAAAUGGGCCUAUGCUGGAAAGAAGUGGCCUAUCUUGGGAAUGAAGUGUCUGAUGAAGAGUGCUUGAAGAAAGCGGGCCUAAGUGGAGUUCCCGCUGACGCCUGUUCCACUGCCCAAAAGGCCGUCGGAUAUAUUUGCAGAUGUAAUGGUGGCCGUGGUGCCAUUCGAGAGUUUGCAGAACACAUUUUCCUACUGAUGGAAAAAGUUAAUAAUUCGUGCCAAAAAUAGAAAUCAGUGUGAUGUUAGAAAAGAAAGUAUACAGCCUUCUUCAGCCGCUCUGCUUUUACUUUUGAUUAAGUACAGUUCCAUGUUGUAAUGUUGCAGAGGAUGUGAUCUGAUUUGUGAUAUAUCUUAAUAUCUUUUAAAAGAAGCCUUCUCAAAUUAUCGUUCCCAAACUGCCUAUGAAAUAAUUGUGCUCUACUUUUCUCUUUAUGCAAGAAUUAUUUAGAGAUUGAUUACGGUCUUUCUCAGAUUUUUAGUAAAUGCAAGUAAGACAUCAUCAAAAUGGACUUUGUAUUGUACCCUGUACAACUGUGUGUUUGUGUGCUUUUAAUGAUGCUGGGACUCUAUUUGGUGACAGUAUGUCUGAUAAGACACACCCUUCUAUCAAGUAAUAAAAUUACAUUUCUCAAA